CGCGCCGCAGCGCCGCGCCGGGCCGGACGGGCAGCGCACGGCAGCGCACCGCGCCGCUUCCGGCUUCCGCAGGGCCGCUGCAGCCAGGUCGUGAAAAAUGCCUAAAAAGAAGACUGGUGCUCGUAAGAAAGCUGAGAACCGCCGUGAACGUGAAAAGCAGAUAAGGGCUUCAAGAGCCAACAUAGAUUUAGCCAAACAUCCUUGUAAUGCUUCAAUGGAAUGUGAUAAGUGCCAAAGACGACAGAAGAAUAGAGCUUUUUGCUACUUCUGCAACUCUGUUCAAAAACUACCCAUUUGUGCACAAUGUGGAAAAACCAAAUGCAUGAUGAAGUCUUCAGACUGUGUUAUAAAACAUGCUGGUGUGUACAGUACUGGACUAGCAAUGGUGGGUGCAAUCUGUGAUUUCUGUGAAGCUUGGGUGUGUCACGGGAGGAAAUGUCUGAGCACACACGCGUGUACCUGCCCUCUCGCAGAUGCAGAAUGUGUUGAGUGUGAAAGAAGCGUUUGGGACCACGGAGGCAGAAUAUUCACCUGCUCUUUUUGCCACGAUUUCCUCUGUGAAGAUGAUCAGUUUGAACAUCAAGCCAGCUGCCAAGUUCUGGAAGCAGAGACAUUUAAAUGUGUUUCCUGUAACAGGCUUGGGCAGCAUUCAUGCCUGCGUUGUAAGGCUUGCUUUUGUGACGAUCAUGUGCGAAGUAAGGUUUUCAAGCAGGAAAAAGGAAAAGAGCCUCCCUGUCCUAAAUGUGGCCAUGAAACUCAGCAGACAAAGGAUCUGAGCAUGUCAACGCGUUCUUUGAAGUUCGGCCGACAGACUGGAGGUGAAGAUGCAGAUGGAGCUUCUGGUUAUGAUGCCUACUGGAAGAACCUCUCCUCCAGCAAACCCGGAGAUUCGGGUGACUGUGAGGAUGAAUAUAAUGAGUAUGAAGCAGAAGAGGAUGAUGAAGAUGACAAUGAUGAAGGAGGGAAGGAUUUUGAUACUGAGACCACAGAUGUAUUCAGCAAUUUGAAUUUAGGAAGGACCUAUGCAAGCGGGUAUGCACAUUAUGAGGAACCAGAAGAUUAAGUUGAGUAUGCUGGCAAGUUAAACACUCUGAAAGGAGCCAAGCAGUGCUUCACUUGAGUCUGUACAUGCCAGUAGGAUAGCUCUAUCAGGUACUUGCAUAUUCAAGUUAGAGAGCAAAGAGUAUGGAACUUCUGCAGUAACUCCAAGUGAGAGGGUUUUUUUUUUUUUAUAAACCAAUAUUGGGUUUGGGACUGGGGGAGGAAACAGGAAUAUUUUUAUUCCCCUAAGCAAGGGAAGUGGUUUUGUCUUUGAGUUAUUGAGUAUAAUGGUUCAAUGCCAUUUUCUCCUAUCAAUACAGGAACAUGAGAGAGCUGUACAACUUGCUUCCGUUUGCUCAUCAGAAAUUAAGUUAUUUUUUACAAUUAUUUUGUUAACUGAUUUCAUAACAUUAAUGUAGUGGUGGGUUGGUGACUGCAUUAUUUUUGGUCUGCACAAUAAAAGUCAACUGCAUUCUUUAAUGAAUCGUCAUAAACAUUGAUUUCCCUUGAAUAGUUGAAAGCAGGUUGUGUACAAAUGUAAAUUGACACUAAUAUAACUUCCUUGUUUGUGUAGGCAAGGCAGAUCAAUGUAGUUCUCUAUGUACUUGCACAUUACCUUUCCAGCAUUUUUUAGUAUUAAACUAUUAAUCAGUGGGCCUAUAUGCCAUCAUUACAUGUGCACCCCAGAGAAUCCAAAAUUUUGUUGUAAUAAAAAUGUUGCUGUAUCCUCUCUGCAUUAAAAUCUGUAAGACAAUUUCUCUUUAGAUCAAAGAGAGGCCAGUUCUUUCUGUGCCUAGCUUUCAACUCUUUUCUUUGCACAUGAUUAAAAAAAAGGUAGGAAACAACCCCUGACUAUGAAUUGUAAGGUGAGAAAGCACAGGGAUCUCAAAUAUCGGGUUCAAAUACUGUUCUGUGAAAAAUGUGCUGGUACAAGGCAAGUGAUCAGCACACCUGAGCUGAGGAAAUGAUGCUUGCAGAAGUGUUUGCAGUGAUUCUGAUUUGAAAGUCAAAAUGUUAAUUACCCAAUCUACACAUCUAAGUGCUAGUAUUUAGUUUCCUCCUGUAGGGAAUGUUGAGAGGAUAGCAACUGUAAAGCAGACCAGAUCGAGUUGCCAGGGCACCCAGGUAAAGUUACUCCAGCUUUCUAAAUGCUGUGCUUAAGUGCAAGAGAGCCAUUUCUUGUAUCUGUCAAUAUCUGAAACGAUUAUUGAAUUACCUGCUUUUUGUGCUUUCUCUACUGUUUCUUAGCAGCUAAAGGUUAUGUGUUGGCAGAGCAUACCCUACUGAGAAUAAUUUUUAAUGAUGUUAGGAUAGCCAAAUGAGCAUUUCCUAACAAAACAUGCUUGAGGAACCUGGCAUUAAUGCACCCCUCCUAAUGCCUCUCAUACCAAAGGCAUAAAAGACACGAGCUGGAAUGCAUCCAAGACAAAAAAAGCACACAAAGAGCACAACUUGGUUAUGGCACCUGAGGGGAGAAACUGGAAAGAGGGAUGUGACCUGAUCAGUGCAUGUCAAGUGCUUGCCUUCAGAACUGGAGAGGAAACCACUUAAUGCACUGUCUGAAGCCAAAAUCCCUUUCAAAAUCAAAACUCUAGGAUCAUCCAGUUUCAUGCACUAGCAAACACCUACCUAGCUUAAAUCAUGUAGCUGAUGGAUGUCUGAUGAGUCUUUUGCAUAACCAAGCUCAAAGUGAGGGAGGUAGGAUGCCUGCCAGUUCAGCAGUGAUUACUUGUUUGUGAAAUUGGCACCUAUGAUAGAAUUUCUGCUCAACUUCAUGGGAUCCAAAAGGCUUCCGCAGUUUGAGUCCCAUCUGUGGCUGGUCAAUUCCAGCAAUGAUGCCAAGUUUUUUUUAUCUUGGCUGAUGUUUCAAGUACAAACCAAUUGUAGAUCAGUACAAAAGUCUUACAGAGAAUUGAGGGAAUAUGUAUGUUUCAGCAUAUAUGUAAAAAUUAUAGCUGUUGGUGUGUCAUUUAUUAAUAUUAUUACUUAACCGCACAAAAUUCCCCUUAAGGUUCUUGGCUCUUGAAUUAGGUUUUUUCCCCCCCCAUAUGAAAAUCUGCUGCUGUUGCUGGCUGUGCCAAAGGCUGCUGACAUAACAGAAUUAAUCAUCAUAAUCAGAGUAAAGAACUAUUCAUUUUCUCAUUGAAAUGUCCUUGCACUGAUCCUGCAAGAUCAGUCCUUCAGAGCUAAUGCAUGUCCCUGUGAUACUGUCAUAAGAGAAAGCCACAGCCCUGCCAGCGACAGAUGCUCGGUAUACUUGCUGUAAUUUAGCAAGGUCACCACUCCAUGGACAGAGGCAUUUAUUUGCAUUUUCUUUGGACUGAAAAUGCCUGUUCUGUGAACCUGGCUAGAAAUAGGGCCCAGGUAUGAGACCUUUGGAAGCUGGCCUUAGAGGGUUCAAACAAGUAAGUUUAAGGCUGCUUUACAGUAAUCUGGUGGAUUCAAGUCAAACAGAUAAACAUGACCGCAUUUUCUGUUAAUGGAGUUUGGUCAAACUUGUGAGAGGGCAGGCAAGAUACAAUGCUACGGGUUGUACUUUCUCAUCCUUCUCUGCUUAUUUAGUAAAGUUAAAAGCAUGUGGUCUGUCAGAGACAGGUCCCUCAGAAUUUGCUUUCACAGUGCAUCAUUUGGUUGUCUUGGGUUAAAUUGCAGGAAGAGGAUGAAACAGAAUGAACAUAUAUCCCAGCUUUAUUGAAAACGGAUCUGGGGCAAAACUUACAAGUCUUGUCAGCUUCAUUUUUCUUCAUUGCUAUUAGUCCAUUUUCAGGUGUCCUGGGGAAUGUUAGCCAGGGUGCUGACAAGGCAGUACCCCAUCUCUACACUAAAUGUAAAUUAGUGCUCCAUUCACUUAGGCUUCUGAAUUCAGCAGCUGACAUAAACUGUUGCUAAUCUGAAGGUGAGGAUGCUGUGCUGCUGAUGAGUUCAUAUUUUACAACUCAGGAUCUCAAGCUAGUUUUCAGGCACUGCCACAACCCACCAUGUGCUUCCAGGUGACCGCUGAGCCACUUCUGUCAAAGAGAUGAUUUUUCAAGUCACCUGUAGCCCGGGACUUCAUGCCUGGCGCACACAAAACCCCCACAUGCAUAACUCCAGGUUUUCAAGGCCGCAGUACUGCAAAGUGCGUUUCCUGGUGGGGCAGAGUAGAUAAAUGAAAUCCUGAGGUUGUACAUUACA